AUGUCGGAGUCAACUUCUAACGAAGAUGCCUUCGAGGUGUCUGACGACCAUACUUUGGAAGUGCCUGACCAUCAUAGCGGACAUCCCACCGCUGAUUCCGCUGUCGCACGCGAUUCCAUUGUCACCAACAGCAACCAGAAAGCUCAACUAAAUCAAAGUGCCAGCCACUUCCUCCGGCUGCCAGGAGAGCUCCGCAACAGGAUCUAUGAGCUCUUGCUAACAUCGCCGUACAUACGGAUCCGUGAGGUCUCAGAACGCGAUAUUCGAGCCCGUUCCCCACAUAAAUUGACCCUGACUACAGGCUUGCUUCUCGUCAAUCGUCAAAUCUCUCAAGAAAGUAUUUCGUUUAUCUACGCCAAUAACAGAUUCAUGAUUGAAACGGAUAUCCUUCCUUAUUUUGUGGGAAUGGUUGGGGAUUCUAUUACCUACUUGACAGAACUAAUGUUCACCGGGUUGGAUCUAUGUCGCACCUUUCCGCCCAAUUACGGCCGUUCGGGUGAUUCACUCUACGAGUUGACGCAGCCGCCGCUAAUAUCAUCUCUGUUGCUCGGCAAAGCAAGCAGCAUAAAGUGGCUAUCCUUCUCUCUGUCGCUCUACGACUGCAACAUACCUUCCGCAAACUGCCUGGCAUUCCUUAUUUACGAUUAUCUAUACUACUGGAUCAAGGCUGUUGGGAAAGCUAGCGGUGAUAAGUUUGCUGCUAUGGAUCGCUACACUAUCUGGUUCGCUGGAGAUAGUGAUCUGUGCGAGAAGUUAAGCGGAGUUUGGGAAGAGGAGAGAUUUCAGACAACUUAUCGACGGAGGCUCAGGGAGUUGAUCGACGGCUGCACAUUCCCUGAUGAACCAUACGAUGGUAACAUUUUAUGGGAUUGGACAACAUCAUUCAAAAUUGCAGGACACUAGUAGUGAUGGGGAUCAACACAAUCGAAGAGCAAUACAGAAGAAGGUCAAAGUGAGGCCACUAAAG